GGAGGAAGAACGAUCUAAUCAUGCUUACGAAAAAAUAUCAGCUCAUUUCAGCAGAUGAGGAAAAUAUUAAAACGAUGGGACGAAUGACCAGUGUUGCUUUUCGACGUGAACACUUACGAUUAAAACCGUGGGACGUGAACACUUACGAUGUUAUUUUCAACCUUCCCGCUCUUGUGGCCCUGAGAGCCAAUCUGGAUUUCGAAAGACGAUCGAUUGUCCUCCGAAAUACAGGAGGAAAGUCGUAUGUUGUACCGAUGAGAUUCMCCCUUCGUACCGCCACUAACGCGACUCUGCGAAUCUUCCCCAUGAUGGCGGGAACUCUCUGUGUGAUCACCUGGGAUAAUUCCGCAGAUGACGGACAACCGACAAAAGACAUGGACAGCAGUGACGAGGACGAUCCAGAGAUCCUGGAAAUGGCGCAACAGUGUAUUUAUUACCUGAUGCAACGAGCAAACACAAGGUCACUAAGCCUGACCGAUCAGAGUCUACAGAGAACGCAAGCCAUGAUUAUGGGUGAGCCCAUCAUGCAGAUUUCGAUGAUGGUCGAUUCUUUAGAACCCCCUCGAACCCUGUACGAAGAGCACCGCACUUGGGUCGCAUACGUGGAGCUGUUAAUUAUCCCAGCGUGGAGGACGGCGGUGGAAGGAGACUUUCUCGGAUUUCUAUUCGGAUCGGUGCAUCCCGGCUAUCGACAGCAGAUCAUACAGGAACUCACGAUUCCCCUCGCGCAGCUGGUUGAUGAUCUCCCUCUCGAUAUCAUCUCGCAGAGCGACGAGAGCCCGGUCCCGCUCAUCUUUUCAUGGGCCUUGACACCCUACCUGCAAUGGUCGGCUUGCCUCGAGGAGUUAGCGGGCAACAACAACCCGCCAUCACAACAACCAUACCUGGAUCCCCGGGAGAUAAUCGACCUUGCCUUCUUUCAGCCUCGAACGGCCUCCGAAGACGAAGCGAUAACGCCAGAGGAAGAGGAGGAGGAGGAGGAGGAGGGAGACGAAGGAGAAGAGGAAACCCCAAAAAGGGGAAGUUACAGCGAGCACAGCAAGGGAAAGCAGAGCGACGACGAAGAAGAAGACGAGGAGGAAGAGGAGGAAUCUGAGUAGGAAACCCUGGGAGAAGAGGCGGAUCGCGUGGAAGGCGCGGAGGAGGAUCUCGAGGCGGUGCGGAAGAGA